AUGAAGCGAGUAAGCAGUGCAACAAUAAAUGAUAUCGAUACUAGCUCUGAGUCUGAGAGUGACGGCAGCGAAAGCGUCGAAAAACAACGCGAAAAAACAAAACAAAAUCCAGCCAAAAAGAAGAAGUAUGUACAAAAGUUUCUGGCCUCUUGGCUUACCGACGUUCAGUUCAAGGAUUGGCUUGAGAAACGAGGCGAAGUGCCGUAUUGUAAAUACUGCCAAUGUUCUCUUUCUUGUGCUAAGACUGCACUCGUGCGGCACAAGGAAAACAAAAAGCAUCGAAGCUUAUGUGGAAUUAAAGAAAAAAGUCAAUCAAUAACAUCAAUGUUGCAUUCGCAAUCGAAGCCGGCACGAAUCGAAAUAAAGAUUUGCUCUUUUAUCGCCGAAAAAAACCUACCCAUUAGCAUCGUUGAAGAUUUAGUACCCUUUCUUAAAAACCUUUUCCCUUCCGAUGAAGCCCUUAAAGAAGUAAAAUUAGGUAAGCAGAAAGCUACAAACCUCAUCCGGCAGGUUUUAGGAUUUUACUCCAUUCAGGAAUGUGUAACCAAGCUGAAAUCAAACAAGUUCUCCCUUAUCAUCGACGAGACUACGGACUUAUCAACAACUUCCCAGCUAGCUAUACUAGGAGUAUUCUUUAACGAACAGGAGUUCUGUCUUGAAAUUAUCCUUAUUGAUUUGGUGCCACUACCAAAUGGAACGGCAAAUACCAUUUACAAUACCCUGAUUGGAAAUUUAAAAGAAAAGGGGAUUCCAAUGAAAAACAUCGGAUUCUGUGCAGACACUUGCAAUGUUAUGUUCGGAAUCCACCACUCUGUUGCUCAGUUAUUGGUUAGAGAUUAUCCUUGGAUUAUUGCCAUAAAGUGCUCCUGCCACUUGAUCCAUUUAUGUAGCUCUUAUGCCUCGAAAAUGCUCCCAAAGUCAGUGGAAGAUCUAUGCAGAAAUAUAUUUUCCCAUUUCAAUAUGUCAAGCAAGAGAACCGAGUCAUUUAAGGAGUUUCAACAAUUCGUUGAGCUUAAAGAGUUGAAAAUUUUGCGUCCAGGUACGACUUUCUGCAUCUUGAUUAUUCUUUCACUUAAAAACCGCUUCCAAGCGAGUUGCAUUUCCCUCAUUGAAUGAGUGGAUAUUAUUAAAACGUUUAAAUAAUUUUCGCCUCGGAUUAAAUACACGAGAUUUACUAACAUAGACAGAAGUAAUUUAUGAAAUACGUAUACAUUGUAAAUUAUUUUUAAGUUACACUUUACUCAUUUAGGGACCACCAGAUGGCUUUCAAUGAAAUCUUGUGUGAAGAGAAUUUUAGAUCAGUACACGGCACUGCAGCUCUACUUCACUGGUGAGGUAGUGAAUGACCCAACCCAUACCAAUGAUGCAAUACUUUCAGGCUUGAAUAAUAAGUUUAUUCGAGCUUAUUUGGAGUUCAUGGACUUCAAUUUGGGUCGAUUUGUUUCCUUUAAUCUCCUCUUCCAAAGCGAGAUGCCACAACUCUACCAGUUAAAACCAGAGGUAGAAAAACUUAUCAAGAGCAUAUGUCUUGAUUUCAUGGAUGUGGCACACGUUAGAAGCACUGAUGCUUUUAAAAUCAAUCCAUCCAAUGAAGAGAAGCAGCUACCCUUAGAUAAAGUCUAUCUUGGCAUUUUGGCCACGAGUACACUGCAUAUCAUCAGGGAAGAGUGUGAAAAGGAUCAUCCUAGUAUUUCACUUUUUCUAAGCCAGUGUAAAGAUUUCUUGGUUGAGGCAGUCAAUCAGAUACAAGAUCGAUUUGGCGAUUGCCAAAAAUUGGAUUUCCUUUCUUUCCUAUCGCCCUCUAUUGCACAUAAUUUGAAGAUCCCUUCUCUGGGUGGUUUGUGUCAAAAGAUGCCUCUCCUUAAAGAAGUUGCGGAUUUGCAGGAAGUUGACAAAGAGUGGAGAGAUCAGUCGCUUAGUCCUAAUCCCAAACUGAAUGAAAGUCUGACUGCCUUAGAGUAUUGGAAAGUGGUAUUUCAAGAAAAAACAGCAACAGGUGAACCUGCUUUUCCCAAUUUGAUUAAACUUGUAAAAACUGUUCUAUCCUUGCCAUACUCCAAUGCUGCUGUCGAAAGGGUGUUUAGUCAGUUAAAACUGAUUAAAACAGAUCACCGAGCAUCUUUAAAACGAGAAAGCCUUCUUGCGUUGUUAACAACAAAGAUGACUCUGCUGAAAUCCAACCCACCACAAACACUACGAACAGUCACGUUUGAACCCAAGAAAGAGAUGCUUACUCUCUACAGGAACAUGAAGUCCGACGCUGAUAAUGAUCAAGUUGCUGAGUUGCGAAAGGACUUUAUAAAGAAACUUAACAUUGUUUAA